AUGAACAAUUCAGAUUCCCAUAUCGACAAGAAACAAAGAUUACUGAUGUCAGAGGAAACCAAAAACAAUCAAACCCAAGAAGCUUUUGCAACUGUCGGAGACCAAGCCCAAAGCGUCGACAAUUCAGUUAGGCAAACUGGAGCAGCUGAUGCCGAAGGACACCCAGUUCAAGAAGUGGAAUCGUUAUGCAUGCACUGUGGCAAAAAUGGUACGACUAGAUUACUUUUAACUAGAAUCCCCUAUUUCAGAGAAGUCAUUAUCAUGUCGUUUGAGUGCCCUCAUUGUGGGUUCAAAAACAGUGAAGUUCAACCAGCUGCUCAAGUUGCCGAAAAGGGAUCGAGAUAUGUCUUGAAAGUCGAAGACAAGAAGGAUUUCAAUAGGCAGGUUGUUAAAUCAGAAACGGCAACCGUUAAAUUCAACGAAUUGGAUAUUGAAAUUCCACCAAAGAGGGGCCAGUUGAUCAAUAUAGAAGGUAUUUUGCAAGAAAUGAUUACUGAUUUAGAAUCCGACCAAGAAGAGAGAAAAAGGGUGCAACCAGAACUAUACGAAAGGAUCCAGGAAGUCACAAACAAGAUAAACCUGUAUCUCAAUGCUGAGCCUGGAACUUUACCUUUAACCGUUAGUGUCGAUGAUCCUGCUGGAAAUUCGUGGAUAGAAUAUGUACCAGGAGAACCAGCACAUAAAUGGGCUAUGUAUGAAUACAAUAGAACUGCUGAACAGAAUGUGUAUUUGGGUCUCAUAUCAGCUGACGAUGUCGCCAAGCACAAACAAGAAGAAUCGGAGAGUAAAAAGCAAGCCACCGAUGCUAACGUCUCAUCAAACUUGAACAAGAAAGAAGAUGCGCCAUCAACAGUGGUAGGGUUAUCAGACGCUACUGAGAUUGAAAAUCUUGACAAUGAGGUGCAAACUUUUGAUGCAACCUGUUCCGCAUGCUACAAACCUUGUUCUACUCACAUGAAAUCUGUCGAUAUUCCUCACUUCAAAGAAGUAAUCAUCAUGUCGACGGUCUGUGAUCAUUGUGGAUACAAGUCAAACGAAGUGAAAACCGGUGGUGAAAUCCCAAAAAAGGGAAAGCGAAUUGUUUUGAAAGUCACUGAUCCUGAAGAUUUAGCAAGAGAUAUUUUGAAAUCAGAGACUUGUGGAUUAAAUAUCCCUGAAUUGAACUUGGACUUGACGCCAGGUACCUUGGGAGGUCGUUUUACAACAAUCGAAGGGCUUUUGAACCAAGUAUCUACUGAAUUACAUACGCGAGUAUUUACCCAGACAUCAGACUCAAUGGAUGAAGAAACGAAAGCAAGAUGGGUCAGUUUCUUUGCUAAAUUACAAGAUGCCAUUGAUGGUAAAAUUGGAUUCACCAUUGAUAUGGAAGACCCAUUAGCUGCUUCUUAUAUACAAAAUGUUUACGCACCAGAUAAUGAUCCAAACAUGACUAUUGAAGAGUUUGAUAGGACUUAUGAACAAAAUGAAGGCUUGGGAUUGAAUGAUAUGAAGACUGAUUAA